AGCAGUGGUAGGACGAGGCUGUAUGUGCGUGUUAGGUUCAUUAUUAUUAGAAGUUAGGUCUGAUUUCAUAUUUUGAAAAAAAAAAAAGAAUGUUUAAUAGAAUGGCAAGCUUGUGGAUGGGUGAUCUGGAUCCCUACAUGGAUGAAAAUUUUAUAAAGCAAGCGUUUAGUACGAUGGGAGAGACAACAUAUGGCGUUAAAAUUAUUUGCCAUAGAGUGACAGGUGGAUCUGCAGGGUAUUGCUUCGUGGAAUUAGCAGACGAAGCUGGUGUUGACAGAUGUGUACUUAGGCUCAAUGGAAAGCUGGUUCCAGGGUCGAACCCACCAAGAAAGUUUAAGUUAAAUUAUGCUACCUAUGGGAAACGACCAGAUACAGGCCCUGAGUAUUCAGUUUUUGUUGGAGACCUCACCCCAGAAAUUGAUGAUUUACAGCUCUAUGAAUUUUUUGUGAAGAAAUAUGCUUCUUGCAAAGGUGGCAAAGUGGUUACAGAUCCUUUUGGAAAUUCCAGGGGCUAUGGGUUUGUUAAGUUCAGUGAUGAGAACGAGCAGAAGGCAGCGAUGGAAGAGUGUCAAAAUGCAAAUGGACUUGGUGGAAAACCAAUCAGAAUAAGCAUAGCAAUUGCUAAAAGUAAUAAAACCAAUUAUCAACAAAAUCAAAAUUACAGCUACUCCCAGUAUUACCAGCAGUAUCAGAACUACUAUUCACAGUGGGGCUAUGACCCUUACAACAGCUAUAACUAUGGAUAUGGACCUUAUGGAGCUGCAACGACAGCUCCAGGGAUGGCUCCUCUUACUACAACCAAUUCAGCUUCAACAGAGACCCAGGCUACAUCAGAGUUCCAGCAGUCAUUGGGGGCUACAGAAGAUACCGAUGAAGAGGCAGUUGAAGAUCCAGAUCCUCAACCUGAUAUUGACACAAUGAACAGACAGUUUAUGGAGAGAAGUGAAGAGCUGUAUGACUCCCUCAUGAACUGUCAUUGGCAGCCACUGGACAGUGUUACAUCUGAAAUCCCCACUGUGGCAAACUUUUAAGGGUACAGAGAAGACGAUCAGCCAAAGGGGACAGAUUUACAGAGUCUUUCCCCCCCCAAAAGAAAAAAUUUGUUGGCUCAGACCAUGCCUGUAUAAGUUGUCUUACCUAAAAACAGUCUCACAAGUUCAUUUUUUGUUUUCUAGGCUUAUUUCUUUGAAGUCACUUUUUGUUAAAAGGUAAAAAUAAUAAUAAAAAAAUAAAAACACUGAAGAGUGGAGGAGGCACUACUGUACUACUUCAAGUAUGAAAAGUGGCCUUCACUAGAGCCAACGUAAAACCUGUAAAACAAAAAAAAUCAGCCAAAAAGAGUAACCUGAGGUAACGUAUUAUCUCUGUCAAACCGAAGCCAUUAAGAGCAACUUGGAAUGGGUGUAGAAUAUUAGUGGUCUUACCUAAUUUAUUUUUCUUUUUGUAUAAUUUACUGUUUAAAAGGUAUGAUAGGAUGACUUAAAAAGAAAAUGAUACAAAGUGAAACUUUUUUUUCUUAUUUACUGUUUGAAAUGUAUUUCUUUUUUAGCAGCAAGUUUACUCACUGAUUCUGUUAAAGCCCUGUUCUUAAAUAACUUCCAUUCACUAUAUGGGUCACAAAUGUGUAGUUUUGAAAGAAAUACUUAUUAUAUACUGAUUAUAUAUUUGUAUUGUCAUUUUAAAACAUGAUGUAUGUUGCACAAGUUUGUCUGUUUGCAAGCAUUGGUUUCAACUAGUCCUUCUUUCUUGCCAGUAACCAACCGGCUACUUCCUCUGUUGACCGUCAUGCUUUGCAACCUGUAAUAUACUUUGAUCUGAAAUCACAUGCUUUCAGGACCUCAAAGGUCUCUUCUCCCAAUGAAAGUAGCAAAAUCUACUUUUUCAUCUGAAGAAGAGACCUCGAAGUCUUGAAAGCUAGUGAUUUAAGUAUUGUUAGUGAAAUAAAAGUUAUCACACCUCCUUCUCUUCAGCUCUUUUGGUAUAAUCCACUGACAGCACACUCAUUAUUACACCAAAAACCUGGAUGUUUUAGGACAUGUCAGAGGCAGGGAUGCUGUAAAGCGCUCUGGUGAGCAAACUUUUAUUUUUAAUACAUUUUUAAAUUAAAAUGCUUAACAAAAUUGAUUGAUUCAUGCUGAAUCCGUAUUUACAUUGAAAAUUAAACUUAAACUUUUUUUCUUAUUUCAAA